ACACUCUGCAGCAAAAAGCUUCAUUUGGCCACUGGCAUUGCAGGCCUGGCCGAAACCAGUGUGGUGUAGCCUCAUGAAAAAUGGCGUUGCCUUGUGAAAUUCCUCCGUGUUUCGAUCCAUGUGAGUCAGUGGCUCAGAACCAGACGGACAAUCCUUCCGUCGAAGAAAAUGACAGACUCUGGAUCUCCAAAAACGAACAAGAAUACGAGGAGAAUGGUGGCAGAGAUGGUUGCAGCACUUGGUAUGGUGAUUCCCACUUUUUGGAUGCAGGCGGUUCUCCCGGUGCACCUGCUUUAUGUGCCAGACCAAUUUGUCGCCAAUUUUGGAAGGCUGGAAACUAUGAAACAGGGUCGGAGGUGCCGCGGCUCAAAGCUUCUUCUAAUAAAGAUGGGAGAAACCAUUUGCUUGUGCACCCCAUGUUCCUUCACUCCAAUGCCACAUCUCACAAAUGGGUCUUUGGUGCCAUAGCAGAAUUGACUGAUAAUGCUGUUGAUGAGGCAAGAAUACAAAAUGGUGCUACUUAUGUAGCUAUUGACAAGAUCUCAAACCCUAGGGAUGGUAGUCCAGCUUUGCUAAUCCAAGAUGAUGGUGGCGGAAUGGAUCCGGGAGCUAUAAGGCAUUGUAUGAGCUUUGGAUUUUCAGAUAAGAAAAUGAAACAAGCAAUUGGACAAUAUGGAAAUGGCUUCAAGACUAGUUCUAUGAGACUUGGAGCAGAUGUUAUAGUCUUCAGCCGCCAUAUAAAUAUGAGGACGAUGACUCAAAGUAUUGGACUCCUCUCUUUUACAUUUCUGAGGCAACUGAGUUCUGAGAGGGUAGUAGUACCAACAGUGGAUUAUGAGUUUAACGCAUUGAAUGGAUCACUUGAGCGCUUAUUUGAACAUGGUAGUGAAUGUUUCUUUUCAAACCUGUCCUUGCUGCUGAAGUGGUCUCCUUAUAGAACAGAAGAGGAACUGCUGAAGCAAUUUGAUGAUAUAGGGUAUCAUGGAACAAAAGUUGUUAUAUACAAUCUUUGGCUAACUGAUGAUGGUGAUUUGGAACUAGAUUUCAAUUCAGAUCCUGAGGAUGUACGCAUUAAUGGAGACCUCAAAUUAUUUGAGGCAGGUGAUUACAGGAAAAUACCAGCUUUUGAUGGGCACAUAGCUUACAGAUAUCAGUAUUCUCUUCAUGCAUACUUAUCCAUACUGUAUCUGCGGCUGCCUCAGUCCUUCAAUAUUAAGUUACGUGGACGAGUUGUUGAGCACCAUAAUAUUGCCAAUGACCUCCAAUAUCCCGAGUUCAUACUGUAUAAGCCUCAGAUUGGUGAUGAGGCUGCAGUUGUUACUACCAUAGGUUUCUUGAAGGAAGCUCCCAUUCUAAGUAUCCAUGGUUUCAGCAUCUACCACCGAAACCGACUUAUAUUGCCAUUUUGGAAAGCAAUGAGAAAUAGGACAAGCAGUGUUGGAAGAGGGGUUGUUGGUGUUUUGGAAGUAAAUUACAUUGAGCCUACCCAUAACAAGCAGGAUUUUGUGAAAACUUCAGCCUUCCAAAGGCUUGAAGACCGUCUAAAGAAAAUGAGUCUGGAAUAUUGGCACUUGCAUGCUGGAAAAGCUUUGGAAUCCUUAAAAGAUCCUGUAGUCCCAAAAAGGAAGAGGAGUUCUGCAGACGUGUACAUAACCAGGUACCAACAAGGACAGAGUAUGAUGACAAAGGAGCAGAAUCAUCCUGGUGAUAUUGAAUUUCCAGAUAGAUAUACGGACAUGGCAUCCAAGUCCCUUAUGACUGAUACCUGGUUCCCUGGGGAAGUACAGCAAAGCAUCAUUGAGAACCAGGUUGGAGAUCAAGCAGUGAUGGAUCUGUUGCUAGAGAACGAAAGACUUCAACUAUUGCUGUUAGAAAUAGAGACGAGAGAGAACGAACUGAAAAUAAAGAAUUUAAUCGGUCCAGCAACUUCUAACAGAACUGAAGGACAUCCAGCACGAGUACACAAAGCUAUUGGAGGAAUCACUAUUCUAGCACAUGGUCAAGGAAGAGAAAUCAUUUAAAAAGGAGAGACUCUCUUUCUCACAAAUACACACAGAAGCACUCACGAACACCAGCACAUAUUCUUGCUUUUGAAUUGCAGAAAGAAAAAUCUUUCUCCUUGUUGACACUUGCACAAUUAAUAUCUUGACAAUUUCUGAAACUGCUAAGAUACUGUUUCCUGUUAACUUCCCUUGUUGAGAAUGCUGAAUUUUCUGCUACAACUGUACAUUGUACCGUGUCUGUCACCCUUUACAUGCCACUCAAAACUAUAAAAGAGUGUCUUACAA